UUAAGGACACUAAACUCUUAAUUCUUUCUAGUAGUUAAUUAAUCAAGCAUGAGUUUUAAUCUCCCUUUUAUUUUCACUUUUUUAGCUCUAUGUUUAUUUCAAUAUUGCACUUGUGCACAUGUUAAAUCACUCAAUGCUUCUUUAGCUGGUUUUCAACCAGCAGUAGCAACAUUUUAUGGCUCUCCAACUGGAGCAGGAUCUGAUGGAGUAGCUUGUGGUUAUACAAAUGCUGUAUCACAGUCCCCUUUCAAUUCCUUUGUAUCUGCUGGAAAUGGUCCUCUCUUCAGGAAAGGUUUAGGCUGCGGAGCGUGCUACCAGGUGAUUUGUAAUCUAGCCCCUUGCUCAGGAAAGCCAGUGACAGUGACCAUUACAGAUGAAUGCCCUAGCUGUUCAGGUGCUGUUCAUUUUGAUUUAAGUGGAACUGCCAUGGGUGCUCUGGCCAAGCCCGGUCAAGCUAACGCGUUACGUAAUUUGGGAAAUGUUGCAAUUUCUUACCAAAGGGUUCCAUGUCAAUAUAAGACGAAAAUCGCGUUCAAGGUGGACCCGGGUUCAAACCCAAACUUCUUAUCAGUAAAUGUAGAGUUUGAAAAUGCAGAUGGUGAUCUUAAUUUAGUAGAGUUUCUUCCAUCAGGAUCUACUCAGUCAAUAACUGCAAAUCAUGUAUUUGGAGCAACAUGGAGUAGUAAUAUUAAUCCUUCAACACAACCAGCACCAUACUCAAUAAGGAUCACAACUGAAUUCAACAAGAAACUUACUGCUACGAAUGUUAUUCCAAUAGGAUGGAAGCCUGGACAAACCUAUGUGUCCAAUGUCAAUUUUUAG